GGAUCGGGGGGGGGGGGGGGGGGGUUGGUUUGCAGGAGGCGGCGCUCGCUCCCCACUGUGUUUCCCUGCAGUGGGGGGGGGAAGGUGGAGCCUGGGGCCAUCCCUGCGGGCAGGUGCUGCAUGGCGGCGGGUGCCGGGGCCCUCGCACCCUUCCCUGGGGUCCCCUCCGCUUCCCUGCAUGAAUUCCCUUAUCCCCCCCAGACCAGAGCCCGCGUCUCAGGGGGUUCCCCAGCCGGAGGGGUGCCGCCGGCGACCGACCUGGUGCUGGGAGCCACGGCCGGUUGCUUGGCCUGUGUCCUCACCAACCCGCUGGAGGUGGUCAAGACGCGGCUGCAGCUCCAGGGCGAAUUGCAGCCACCCGGUACCUACCCGCGGCCGUACCGGGGGGUGCUGCGGGCGCUGGGGGCCGUGUGCCGCGCCGAUGGGCUGCGGGGACUGCAGAAGGGCCUGGCCGCCAGCCUGCUCUACCAGGGGCUGAUGAACGGCGUCCGCUUCUAUUGCUAUUCGCACGCCGAGGACGCCGGCUGGACGCGGUAUCCCGGUGGUACCGUGGCCGCCGGAGCCAUAGCCGGGGCGGUGGGAGCUUUCGUGGGCAGCCCCGCGUACCUGGUCAAGACCCAUCUCCAAGCCCAGACACUGUCAUCAGUGGCUGUGGGCCACCAGCACAACCAUGAGAGUAUCUCUGGAGCAUUCGAGAGCAUCUACAGGCAGCACGGGGUGUCGGGGCUGUGGCGGGGGGUGACAGGCGCCGUGCCCCGUGUGGCAGUGGGCUCUGCUGCACAGCUCGCCACCUUCGCCUCCGCCAAGGACUGGGUCUGUGAGCACCAGUGGUUCGGGGAGGGCAGCUGGGCCGCAGUGCUGGCGGGGGGCAUGGUGAGCGGCGUGGCCGUGGCGGUGACGAUGACGCCUUUCGAUGUGAUCAGCACCCGGCUCUACAACCAGCCAGUGGAUGCCGACGGCACGGGCAAGCUCUACCGGGGGUUUUUGGAUUGUAUCCUGCAAAUCUCCAGCAAAGAGGGGCUGCUGGGCUUGUACAAGGGCAUCGGCGCCGUCUACCUCCGCCUCGGCCCACACACGGUCCUCAGCCUCUUCUUUUGGGAUGAGCUCAGGAAGAUGGUGCAGCACCAGCAGCCCCCGGGGCCGUAGGAAAGGUCCCGGCCCCGCUGCACCCAUCAAUAAAGGGGUUUUUCUAGUUUUUGGCGUCGUUUUGGGGUCUUUGGGGUGGUGUAAAUCAUAGAACCACAGAAUGGUUUGGGUUGGAAGGGGCCUUAAAGCUCAUGCAGUUCCAACCCCCUGCCAUCGGCAGGGACACCUUCCACUAGAGCAGGUUGCUCCAAGCCCCUGUGUCCAACCUGGCCUUGAACACUGCCAGGGAUGGGGCAGCCACAGCUUCUCUGGGCACCCUGUGCCAGCGCCUCAGCACCUUCACAGGGAAGAGCUUCUGCCUUAUCUCCAACCUGAACUUCCCCUCUUUCAGUUUGAACCCAUCACCCCUUGUCCUAUCCCUCCAGUCCCUGACGCAGAGUCCCUCCCCAGCAUCCUUGUAGCCCCCUUCAGACACUGGAAGCUGCUCUGAGGUCUCCACGCAGCUUCUCUUCUCCAGGCUGAACAGCCCCAACUUUCUCAGCCUUGAGGGAGGUGAACCUGAAACGCUGCAAUGCAUUGGGCCAGUGAGGACAAUGGCGAUGCUGAGGUGGAGGAAUCAAAGAUGCCCACCAUGUGCAUCCCAUCACCACAUCCCUCUCUCCACCCUAAUUUUCCCCUCCAUGGGGCAGCUGGAGCUCAACUCUCCCAGCCAGGGCUCCAGCUGCCCUCACUUGCCCCAGCAAUGAUUUACCAGUUGGGGGGAGGCUCCCAGCCUCCGCCCUAUGGACCUUGGAGCCAGGCCCUGGCUCUGCUGUGGCUCCACGCUCUCCGGAAUGUUUUCCCUGGGGUCGUGGCUGCCUGGGCUGGCGUGGGGCUGGGCGCUGCUGGACGCGCUCCUGCAAGGGUUGGUGGGUGCCUGCGCCGUCUCGGUGCUCUGCAGCCUCCUGAAGGUUUAUCUUUACAUCCAGUGCCUGAAUGACCCAGAGGGGCAGGCGGAGAAGGAGGCGAUGCGGGUGCAGCGGCGGGUGCUGGAGCUGCUGCACGUGCUGGUGCUGACGGUGCUGCUGGCGCUGGUGGGCUCCCGCGUGGCCGCGCUGGUGGUGCUGGAGUUCUCCCUGCGCGCCGUGUCCACCCUCCUCUCCCUCAACAAGGGCACCCGCAGCACCCAGCUCUACCUGCUGUGCCAGUACUCGCUGGGCUGCGGCGUGUCCUGCAGCCUCAGCUUCCUGCUGGAAGGGGCUCCCCACAGCACCUUCAACCUGGCGCUGGCGGCGGGGCUGGCGGGGCUGCUGGCCGGCUGCGCGCGGCGCCUGGCGCGGCACGUCUGCACCAUGUACGAGCUGCACAGGGCCGCGCAGUACUGCGGCGUCUGCAUCCUCGUGCUCACCACCGGGCACCGCAUCCCGCGCCUGCUGCGCAACGCGCUGGCCAUCACCUUCACCGUGGCGGACCUGGCUGCCGUGGCCCUCAUCAACCGGGAUUUCCUCUCCACGGGGGAAGCCGUCCGCUUCUGGACGCCGCUCACCAUCUGCUACACGCUGCUGGUCAUCUACAUGCAAGAGGAGCCGCAGCAGAGCAGCGGGAGGCGGCCGGUGUUCCAGACGGUGCUGGUGCGGAUGGGCGGCCUCUUCAUCCUCCUCCUCACCGUCGGUCAUUGGGUCGACAUCUUCCACGUCCUCAUCUCACUGCUGGGAGAACUGUGGUGCCUGCUCCACGCCCGCGUCAUGCUGGAGGCGUGCUGGAGGCAGGAUUUCACCCAGCAUUCACGGUUGGAUAGGCGGCCAGGGCCAGGAUCGGGAUCAGAGGAGGCAUCCUGAUGGACACGGGGUGUAACUGGGCAUCAGAGACUCAAAGUGGCUUUGCCUGGCUCCCCGAAACACGGGCACCCCCCAAAUCCUCCCCAUCGCAGAUCCCCCAUGGGGACAAAGGAAAAAGGGCUCCUGGAAGGUGCUGGACCCCAUCCCACAGCGUGGGGGAGGUUAGGGGGAGACUCUCGUAUCCCCUGUUUUUGGGGGGACCCCAUGAGGUUGUGGCACUGCUGGGGAUUUGCUCCCUAGUCCCACUGUGGGUCUGGGAUGCCGAUGGAUGCCCUGGCCCUGGUGGCUGCAGGGGCCACACUGUGGCAGUUCAGGGACCUCCAGGGGCUUGUAAACCUCAGGAAAUAAAGGUUUUUCCAGCAAAA